UAGCUGUUACAAAGUUGUCUAUAUACACCAAAAUCAUAAAAAAGAUUACUUUCACCCCAUUUCAUUAAUUUCCAAUUCUUGUAAUCUUAUCUAUCUUUCAAAUACAAGUUUUCUGGCUUAAAUAAAGGAACCUACUCGCUUACAAAGUCAUAACCAUAACUCUUAGAAAACAAACAUUCCCACUAACGGCAAUUAGGUCACAAUCAUAAACAAAAACACAUUGCAUUUAGACACAAUAAAAACCACUUACAAUACAAACCACAAGAUCUCAUCUUUUAAGCAAUAAUUACUUGGGUCCUAAACUCCUCCAAAAGUUAAGCAACACUAUUUGGAGUCAAUAGUACAAGAACUAAAAUUACACUUGACACAAAAAAGUGGGCAAGUCAAACCCAAUACCAACCUAACAUCUUCUCUCUCCUCAAAAGCAACCCAAUCCAACCCAAACUUCACCUCAAAUAACAACAAUAGCACUAAAUAAAAUUUAUUAAUGUGACAAAACAUAAAAUAAAAAUACAUUUUCUAAUGGAGUAACUAUAUCAAUAAUAACCCCAACUACUACUACUACCAGUAGUACAAAAUAAAACUAUAUCAUAAAAUCAUAUAAAAACUCUCCUGAAACUUUAUAAUAUAAAAAGUUUUUAUACACCCCACAUUUUCAGAAGAAGACAACCUUGAAUCUUCUCCUUCUUCUUCUCUCUCUUUCUUAAUAUUUCACCAUCAUCCAGAUCUUCUUACCCAGAAAUAUUCAACCCAGAAAACUGAAUAAUCAAAUAAGGGAAAUGUCAAUAUAUUUUCGACGCUUUAAAAGCGCAGAAAAUUGAGGAGAAAGAGAGAGAAAUUGAGGAGAGAGAAAUUUAAUCAGUCAGAUGAGGUGCAAGAAGCACGUAUCGGAUUUCAGUAGUAGCGUCGGCGUUUGCGCUUCUUGUCUUCGCCUUCGUCUUGAAGCUGUUGUUGAAGCUCAAUCUCAACCUAAAUCAUUGAUUUCCGAUAACCCUAACCCUAAUUCUAAUCAUCAUUCUCAAUCUUUCUCCUCAAUUCACCUUCAUCAUCUUCAUCAGAAGCAGCAACAAGCUCCGCCGUCGCAACCGCCGCCGUUGAUUUUUCCGCGGUCUGUUUCGCCGUAUAUUUCCCGGCGUAAAUCCGAUCAAACAACCACCACCGCCUCCGUCACCGCCGCCGCCGUCGUCGUUGCGGAUAUCAACAAGAAGCCGAUAAUUCAACGGUUUUACAGCACUCCACAAGUAAACCCCACUUUUGAGAAGAAGAAAAGCAGCGGGAAAUUCAGUCUUAUCUCGAAGUUAUUCCGAUCUAAAUCGAGUGUUGUGAGUUCAUCGUCGAACUCGGUUGUUGGACCCGGUGAGUUAACUCGGUGCAGUAACCGAGGAAUGUCGCCGCAAAACGAGUGGAAUGAGUUGGAGGAGAGAGAAAGAGAGUCGACGAUGACGGCAACGACUCGACCGAGUCCGGGCCGAGUCAAGGCGAGUCCGGCGAGGUUGAUGGCGAACAAUGUUGCGAGUUUUGCGUUUUGUUUGAGUCCAUUGGUGAGAGCUUCGCCGGCGAGCCGGUAUCAUUGGGGAGUUGAGACGGGAUUUUCCGGCGAAAUUAGGGUUCCGGUGACCGGGAAAAGUAACGGUGGUAGUUGUAAUAAUAAUCAUAAUAAAAGUGGUGGAAAUAUUAAUGAUAAACCGCACUUGUCUGAAGCGGCGUCGUUUUGUGCGAAUCGAUCUAGGAAGCUUGCUGAUUUUGGAAGGUUAAAUCGGAAACGUUGACUUUGACUGUGUUCCUACAUACUCAACCACUCAAUUGGAUGGAUUAAUGAUGAUCAUGAUGUUAACGAUCAUAGUAAAGUACGAUACUACCUUUUGUAGUUUUUUUAAUUUUUUUGUUUUAGUAUGAUUAAAAAUUUAAAAUGUUGAUACCAAAAAAUUGGGACACAUUUUACUAUGUACAUUGAAGUUUUUCAUUUUUCUACUCUAUAGAUGAGUGAUAUAUUUUGCCGUUGGAAAAUUAAAGAGUGACAAAUAUUACUAGUAAAAACAGUAUUUUUAUUUGAGAUAUUUAGUUAUUGAAUGUGUUGAGUUUUGAAUAUAGGGGUUGUUUGGUAUAAUAUUCUCCGUAAGAAGUGUCAUUUUGUUGAAUAUUUUGUUGAAUCUUCUGUAAGUGUAACAAUUUGAUUAUUUAAGGGGGUUUAGAUAAGUUAUUUC